UCUAAACCCUCGCCGCGCCGCCGCCGGAGCAGCGAGCGAGCACUGCCGCUUCGCUGGGCGCGAUGCGGGGGGCGGGGGUACUGCUGCCGCUGCUGGCAGCUGUGGCGCUCAUCGCCGCGGUGGUGGAGGCGCGGUUCGUGGUGGAGAAGAACAGCCUGAUGGUGACGUCGCCGACGUCGCUGCGCGGGAGGCACGACAGCGCCAUCGGCAACUUCGGCGUCCCGCAGUACGGCGGGAGCAUGGCCGGCACCGUCGUGUACCCCAAGGAAAACGCCGACGCCUGCGACGCCUUCGACGGGGACCGCCACUUCCGCGCCAAGCCCGGCGCGCUGCCCAACUUCCUCCUCAUCGACCGCGGGAAUUGCCUAUUUGCUAAGAAGGUUUGGAAUGCACAAAAUGCUGGUGCAUCAGCGGUCCUUGUGGUCGAUGAUAAGGAUGAGCCACUGAUUACUAUGGACUUACCUCGGGAAGAUGAUGAGGCUGCAAAGUAUAUACAGAAUAUAACCAUUCCUUCUGCUCUAAUUGAUAAAAAAUUCGGUGAACAAUUGAAAAAGUCUAUUAAAGAUGGUGAAAUGGUAAAUGUGAAUCUGGACUGGAGGGAGGCUGUUCCACACCCUGAUGAUCGUGUUGAAUAUGAGUUGUGGACAAACAGCAAUGAUGAAUGCGGACCUAAAUGUGAUAUGUUGAUGAAUUUCCUCAAGGAAUUUAAAGGAGCAGCUCAACUACUUGAGAAAGGUGGUUAUAGUCAGUUCACACCUCAUUAUAUCACCUGGUACUGUCCUCAAGCAUUUGUUGUCAGUAAGCAAUGCAAGUCCCAGUGUAUAAACCAUGGAAGGUACUGUGCACCUGAUCCAGAACAGGAUUUCAGCACUGGUUACGAAGGAAAAGAUGUUGUGGUAGAGAAUUUGAGACAGCUUUGUGUAUUUAAAGUUGCAAAUGAGAGCAAAAAACCAUGGAUCUGGUGGGAUUAUGUGACUGAUUUUCACAUAAGAUGCCCAAUGAAGGACAAAAAGUAUAACAAGAAAUGUGCAGAAACAGUCAUCAAAUCACUAGGUAUUGAUGUAAAGAAGGUAGACAAAUGCAUGGGAGAUCCAAACGCUGAUUCUGAUCACCCCUUGCUUAAAAUGGAGCAGGAUGCACAGAUUGGGAAAGGUUCGAGAGGAGAUGUUACUAUAUUGCCUACUCUUGUUGUGAACAACCGUCAAUACCGAGGUAAGCUUGAAAGGAAAGCUGUCCUCAAAGCUAUCUGUGCUGGAUUUGAGGAAACUACUGAGCCAAAUGUUUGUCUUAGUGAUGAAAUAGAAACUAAUGAGUGCCUGAAUGACAACGGGGGUUGCUGGCAAGACAAAGCUGCUAAUGUAACAGCUUGCAGGGACACGUUCCGUGGCAGAGUGUGUGAAUGCCCUACUUUCAAUGGUGUACAGUUUAAAGGCGAUGGCUACAGCAACUGUGAACCUGCUGGACCAGGAAAGUGCUUGAUAAAUCAUGGUGGUUGUUGGCAUGAAACUCGCAAUGGCAAAACAUUUUCUGCUUGCCAGGAAUCAGGAAAUGGGAAAUGCCAGUGUCCAGCUGGUUUCCAUGGGGAUGGUGUUAAAAAAUGUGAAGACAUUGAUGAGUGCAAGCAGAGAAAAGCUUGUCAGUGUCCAGAAUGCAGCUGCAGAAAUACAUGGGGUGACUAUGAAUGUACUUGCAGUGGAGACCUGUUAUACAUCAAAGAGCAUGAUACUUGCAUAAGUAAGACAGCAGUUCAGGCUAAAGCUGCGUGGGCUGCAGUCUGGGGAAUCUUGAUAGUCUUGGUAGUCGUGGCUGCAGGAAGUUAUGUUGUAUACAAAUACAGGCUAAGGUCAUACAUGGACUCUGAGAUCAGAGCUAUCAUGGCACAGUACAUGCCACUUGACAGUCAAGGGGAGGUGCCAAAUCAUACACAGGACGAAGAACACCAUUAAUUAGAGUUUGAUGUGCACACCAACAAAUGACAGGCCCCCAUGGCCACAGAUUGACACGAACAGAAAUGCGAUGUUUGAGAAGCAUAUCAGGUAUACGGAAGUAAUGUGGAGGUGAAUAUGGCUUGAUACUUGAAGUCCAUUGAAUCUGUUAUUCACCUGCUAAUUUAUCUGGAGCAGUUUCACCAUACGUACCACUGUUAGCUCCAUUUGUGGAAGUGUACAUUUGUAGGCUUUUGGUUGAGAAGUAUCCAUAGAGUUUUUAGCUUAUGAAUGUGUUGUUGCUGGUCCAUGUAAUAGUAAACCUAUCGGCGAAUUUGCAACUGGUGCCACACGAAACACUUUUCAACAAUGUGAAUUGCACAUUUGUGAUGUA